AUGUCGCCCCAACGCCCCAACUUCAUCGACCUUCGGGCGCCUUCAAGCAUGUCCAACGUAUCGAGACCUUUGCGAUCCCCGAGACUCCACGUUGCCGGCGAGGCACCUCCCGAAUUGUCGCCGCUUGAUGCUUUCGCUUUACAGAGUCGCCUCCUUGCGAGGCAGCUCCAAGCUGCCGCCAACGGCGAAGGGAGGCGCAUGAGCCGGCUACCGCCUUUGACUACAGAGAGCCCCUUGGUUGUCCAGGGCCGAUCAGAAUACUUCCGAUCCAUGUAUGAUUCGGGAGCAGAGGAGGCCGCUCUUCCUGAACUCCAGAACCCUGGACUGGGAUUGAGAACCGAGGUGGAGGACGCCUUUCCGUCCGAGAAAGACCGGCCCGUGUCGGUGCAUCCUCGAAUGAGUCGAAUUCCGCCUACCCCCGACGAAGGCAUCCCUCUACCAACGCAACCGUUGCCCGGCGUGAUGCGCGGGCGACCAUUGGAUUCGAUGGAGGAAGGCCAAAACGAGACCCUCUUCGGCGCCAGAAGGGAGCAGUCCCCAGCACCCAUGGAACAUGCACCUAGCGACUCAUAUUCGCAUGCCUCACCCCCGAGAAAAGACCGAUCAUUGCCUAUGCCUUCGCCUGCACGAUCGCGUGAGAACUCGCUGACUGGAUCACCCGGCAAGUCGCUCAAGGGCCACUCGAUUGAUGGACCAGGAUUGGCACCUCCGCGACCCAGUUUCGGUACGCGAUCAACCACGUCCAUGUCUUCGCCGCUCGACAACUCGACCGACGACAUGAGCAACUCAAUUCAGUCCCUACCCCCACGAAAGCUUUCCAGCUGUAGCGCUUAUGCGGCGUCAACGAUGUCCCCAAACCUCAAUCCAGGCCCUUUCCAACGCUCGCCAUCUGUAUGCUCAGAUGCCUCGAUGCCGCUACCACGACCAUCCUUCAACUUCUCGAGACCCAUGAGUCGCGCCGGCACUCCUGGGCUGGAAACCCCAACACGUCAGGCAUCAUCCGACAGCCAACCAUCUUUCAUGUUUGCAAAUGAUGAUUCGGCUCACACCCCAGUGAGUAUGAACAGCGAGGGCUUCCCCGAUCACCUGCCCGACGAUGGUAAAGCCGCCCCUUCAUACAUCUACUCCAAGUACUCCCUUCCUCGAGGCAAGAUUGUCCAAAGAUCAGUCCCUCUGGAUCCUCAUCCUCAAGCACUCAUCCAACAUGAGCAGCCCAAGACCAUCCCGAGCAUUGUGCAGGCCAUUCAACACGGCGCCCCUCCUUCACCCCCGACUCGGCCGUCUAGCUCGGCAGAGCCUGAUGGCCUUAGCUUGGCUAAACCAUCAUUUGAUCAUGGAAGUCAAAGUAUGGACCGAGGCGGGUCAGUGCCGCAGCCGCCUCCCGACUCCGGUCGUCCGUCUACCGAGAGCCGGCCCUCAGAGGAGGAGUCAAGGGGCCGGGCUCUCACCUCUCCAGUGCACGAAGCUGCUGCUCGAGGGCAGACUGCCAUGUCAACGGCCACCAGCGACUCCAACAGCACGGUCAGGGCGCCGCGCUCCUUAGCCUCAGGCGCUCCAACCGCGUCUGACAUGACCCCGGAGGAACAUUUGGCUAAGGGUAUUGAGUGCCACGAGAACGGCUCGGUAAAGGAGUCGACUUACCACCUUCGACAUGCCGCCAAGGGAGGCAACCCGACAGGUAUGCUUCUGUAUGCGUUGGCAUGCAGACAUGGCUGGGGCAUGCGGCCCAACCAACGAGAGGGCGUCGAGUGGCUGAGAAAGGCUGCCGAAUGCGCCAGUCUUGAAAUUGCCGAUGACGAGGACCAUGUCAAGGAAGGCAAGUUUGUUGAUGCCAUGGAGAGACGAACUCGUAAGGCGCAGUUCGCUCUGAGCAUUUACGAGCUUGGGGUGAGCCACAUGAAUGGCUGGGGUAUUGAGCAGGACAAGGCUCUCGCGUUGAGAUGCUUUGAGAUUGCCGGGUCCUGGGGUGAUGUUGAUGCUCUGGCCGAGGCCGGCUUUUGCUAUGCCCAAGGUGUUGGGUGCAAGAAGAACCUCAAAAAGGCAGCUGGCUUCUACAGACAGGCCGAGGCCAAAGGGAUGAACAUGGUUGGCAACAGCUGGAUCCAUAAGUCCAAGUACAACGAGGAGGACAGUAGCACCAAGAAGCCUCGUAGCAAGUCUAGGACACGCACCAUGUUUGGCAUUAAGACUGGCUAG